CUAAGAUGAAGAGGGCGAUAGCUGAAGGAUGUCCACAUUCCUGGUCUGGGGAGUUUUGCGGUGGUGAAGAAGGCAGUAAUCAGGACGGGGAAGGAUCUGGUGGUUGUGGUGAGACCCGUGUUCCGCCUGUGCCAGACUGUUGCGACACAUUAUGGCCUCCGAUGCGCUGACACAGCCGCUCCUGUUCCUGGACGUCGUAAGCAGCUGCCCUAUGCUCGGAUCGCCUCAGACAACGGUGUCGUGCAGAGCACGGUGCAGCUCUGCAUGGAAAGGACCCUGCGUCUUUUCCACAUCUGCCUGCAGAACGGGAAGAACGUUGCCAUCGUUUGGCGGGACGUGGGCAUGCUGAUUGUCCAGGGCAAGGACCUGAAAAUGAGCUUUUACAGAGACUUUCUGCGAAGGCUCAACAGGACCGACAAGGCCUUGGAAGCUCUUCUCAGGCUGCCAGAGAUGAGGGACUCGGUCAUCUCAGGCCAAGCCACUGCUGCUUCCCAGACCUCUUCUGGAGACGUUCUCAUCCUGCCAGAGUACAAGCGCGAGACCGUGCCUAGGACGGCAAUGGUGAGAAUAGACCCGUCAGGACGUGUGACGGUUGCCCCAGAGCAGGGCUGGAAAAAAGCUGGUGCCAGUGGGAACAGAGAGGAGAUUGCUCAGAUGCAGCUCCUUCGUUGGGCAAGCCUUCCUCCAAAGCGGAUUCCUGCAGGGCGUGUCAAGGCAGGGCAGGGACAGAAAGCUGGGGGCACGAAGCCUCGUGCCAGGCUGCUACCGGCCAUCCAGGGGAGCUCCGUCAAGGAGAAGGUGAAGGAGAAGGAGGAGGAGAAGCAGAAGGAGAAGAAGGAGAAGGAGAAGGAGAAGGAGAAGGAGAAGGAGAAGGAGAAGGAGAAGGAGAAGGAGAAGGAGAAGGAGAAGGAGAAGGAGAAGGAGAAGGAGAAGGAGAAGGAGAAGGAGGAGGAGAAGGAGAAGGAGAAGGAGGAGGAGAAGGAGAAGGAGGACAAAGUCCUUCCUUUGCGCAUCAACAGAAUGGUGGACUUCGUCGCCAGAGCUAUUGAGGAGAGACAAAAGAAUAAACAGGCCAAGAAGAAGAAGAAGCUGCCACCACACGUCUUGAAAUACCUGAAGGAAGAGCAGGCAAAGAAGAGGAGAGAGCUGGCAAAGAGCAGGAGAAGAAAGAGAAGCCAGUCAGCGACCCAAGCGAAGGCUAAGGGAGACACGAGGACCAAGAGGGGCCAGGAAUCCAGUUCCCCAUCGCCAGCCGGGCGACCAUCAGCCAGGAAGGCAUCAGCCCGGCAGUCACCAGCCGGGCAACCAGCAGGCGAGGGAUUGCAGAGCUGA